AUGCAAUCUUGCUUAGAGCUUAUCAAAAAGGUGGACGUUGUUCCGUACCCACAUGAAGCAGGAUAUACUGAAUUCAAACAGAGUGUAUACUCUUUGGUCUCGCAUGAUGGCUCUUUUCAGCUAGGUUUUAUGAUAACUCCAGUGGUGAAUGCACUGGAAAAGUAUCCACAGUUUUUUGAGAUUUCUGCCUUAAAUAAUACAGUUCAGUUCCAUCCGUCUCUGGACACUAUUGAGGCUCGUGAGCAGGCUCUCGAACUCAUAGGAAACACGUGGAGAUCAGCAACGUUGUUUGAAACCUUGUAUGGUUGGAGAAACGAAAAAUACACAAUCUUCAGCAAAGAUAGAAAACCGUAUUUCCACCUAGAGCGUGCCAUGUGUCCGUUGUUUGGUCUUGUGAUGUAUGGAGUCCAUAUUAACGGGUAUGUAAAGUCACCCAGCGGAGAGUACAAAAUGUGGGUUCCAAGAAGAGCUGCUGACAAGCCGACAUAUCCUGGAAUGUUGGAUAAUACGGUUGCUGGAGGCUUAGGUUAUCCAUACGGUCCCUUGGAAACGUGUUUCAAAGAAUGUUACGAAGAAGCCGGACUGCUGAAAGAGUACGUUAGCAAAAAGCUAAGCUCUUGCGGUGUCGUCUCAUACCUGUACCAGGUGAAGCCAGGAGACUAUUUUUCUGAAGCAGGGCUGAUUCAACCCGAGGUUGAGUACGUUUAUGAUCUAGAAAUGGACCCAGAUAUCACUCCUCAUCCCGUAGACCAUGAGUCUGAGGAUUUUAGAUUGAUGAGUAUCCCAGAAAUAGAAGAGAAGCUUUUGCUGGGUGAGUUUAAAGACAACUGUGCCGCCAUUAUAGUUGAUUUUAUGAUCCGACAUUCAAUCAUCACCCCAGAAGAAGAGCAUGACUUCAUCGAAAUAACUAAUAGAUUACACAGAUUUGUACCUUUUCCUCUACGGCCUUUAUAA